GUGUUAUCCUUAAAAGUAGUGAAUCACGUGAUAAUGAACCCAAUGUCUCGACCGGAGUAUUUGGUCGACAAUUAGGAGAAGCCAUGGAUUGUGUCGAGUAUUUCAUUUCGUGUGAAAUAUUACGACAAAUCUUAGAAAGUGUUCAGUAUUUGCAUGAAUUGAAUCCACAAAUCAUUCACAGAGAACUCAAACCUGAAAAUAUAUUAAUUGCUGAAAAUGUAAGGAACGGUAGAUUUGUUAAGUUAGGAGACUUUGGUUUGGCUGGCGAGCAUGUGGUAGCUAAUCAGAGUCACUCAAAAGAUAAAGGAACUCCUAACUAUAGAGCCCCAGAAUUGGGUCAAUCAAAGUAUACCCCAAAAGCAGACAUUUAUAGUUUGGGUAUACUUUCGAUGGAAUUGUUUGAUAUUAUAUUAGACUCAACACAAUUCCGAAGAUUUGGUGCCAUCCCUAAGAGGGUGUCGAGUAGUAUAUCACGUAAUACUGAGUCUAAUGUCUCGACCGGAAGUAUACGUAGUAUUCGCGAGAAUAUAAGUGGACAUCAGUGCCCACAAAGUGUAUGGGAACUGGAGGUCACCAUAAGGCCUGAAUGGGGUCAACCACCAAAA